GAGUCUCUCGGCGUGCUGCCGUUUGGCGCGGUUUGGGUGCGCGCGCCCGGCGCCCGGGGAGCUUCCUUUUGCCGCCGGUGGCGGGAGAUGCGGCGCCUGCUCCGGUCGGCGCUCCUCGCGGGAGAGAAACUGUCUGCCUAGAUCUGCCAUCCUGCUGGCCAUGUUUUCGGAACAGAUUGUCCAGUCUGCACAGAGCCUCUUGGCCUCCCCUUCUGCCGUGGCCUCUACCUUUGUCCGUGUGCCUGUUUCCACAUAUUCCAACUGCUCCCAAAACUUCAGGCUUGAGGAGAGGACUUUCAGCCGGCAGUAUGCCCACAUCUAUGCCACACGCCUCAUCCAGAUGAGACCAUUAUUGGUGGAGAGAGCCCGACGGAAAUGGGGAAGCAACAUUACAGUAAAGAAGUUGUGUGAACUGCAGUUAGCAGAGAAGUGCUGUGUGGUGGGAACCCUCUUCAAGUCUAUGCAGCUUCAGCCUUCCAUCCUGCGGGAAAUCAGUGAAGAGCACAAUCUCCCGCCUCAGCCUCCACGCACCAAAUACAUCCACCCGUCGGAUGAGCUGAUCUUGGAGGAUGAGCUGCAGCGCAUCAAGCUGGAGGGAGACAUAGAGACUGACACGCUGGUGACAGGAACUAUCCUGGCUGUCUACGGCUCAGAGGGAGACGAUGGCAAGUUCCUUGUCGAAGAUCACUGCUUUGCAGAUAUGCCCACCCAGCUGCCCAUGAUGGGUCCCAGUACAGACAGGUUUGUCUUGUUGGUGUCGGGGCUCGGCCUCGGCGGCAAGAGCGGAGAGAGUCUCUUUGGCACGCAGCUCCUGGUGGACAUGGUGACUGGUCAGCUGGGUGCCGAGGGAGAGCAGUCCAGUGCAGCCCUCAUCUCUCGAGUCAUCUUGGCAGGCAAUUUGCUCAGCCAUAAUACCCAGAGCAGAGACACCAUGAACAAGGCCAAAUACCUGACCAAGAAGACUCAAGCUGCCAGUGUGGAGGCUGUGAAAAUGCUGGAUGAGAUCCUGCUGCAGCUGAGCAUGUCUGUACCUGUAGAUGUGAUGCCUGGCGAGUUUGAUCCCACGAACUACACGCUGCCGCAGCAGCCGCUGCAUCGCUGCAUGUUUCCGUUGUCAAGCCCUUACCCCACGCUGCAGCUGGUCACCAACCCCUACCAGGCUAACAUUGACGGUGUCAGGUUUUUGGGGACCUCAGGCCAGAAUAUCAGUGAUAUCUUCAAAUACAGCAGCAUGUCAGAUUACCUAGAAAUUCUGGAGUGGACGUUGCGGAUCGGGCAUCUCAGUCCCACAGCCCCAGACACACUUGGCUGCUUCCCGUUUUACAAGACCGACCCCUUCAUCUUUACUGAUUGCCCUCACAUCUAUUUCUGUGGGAAUGCGCCCUCCUUCAAAUCCAAGGUCGCUAAAGGUGAUGAUGGUCAGAAGGUUUUGUUGUUGACCCUUCCUGAUUUCAGCACAACACAGAUGGCUUGCUUGAUCAAUCUGCGUGAUCUGAGCUGCCAGCCAGUCAGUUUCUCUGCCUUCGGUGCAAAUGAUGAGGAGGAAGAGGAGCAAGAAGAGACAGGAAUGGAGACUGGCCACUGAGAGGCAUGGGGUGCCUUGCCUUCUGCUCAGAAGCUGUGCAGGUAAAGGAGAUGGGGAGCUUGGCACUAUCUCCAACUCCCCUUUGGCUCAGACAAAGGACUAAAAUAAACUCUGCAUCUUCAAUAAACAUCUACUCCAUCUUU